AUGACCACGCACACGCUCUCCGCGCUCUCUCCGACGACGACCGUCUCCUUCGCCGCGAAGAAGACGACGACGACGCGCGGCGUCCGCGGCGUCUCCCGCCGCGUCGCAUCGCGCGGCGUCGUCGUCGUCCGCGCGCGGGCGGUGGAGGAGCCGCCCGCGCUGAACGCGGUCGAGCGCUCGGCGAGAUCCAUGGGCCUGGACACGAGCGAGGGCGUCUUCGGGUUCACGCCGUUCGCGGAGUUGUGGACGGGGCGACUCGCGAUGAUGGGCUUCACCGUCGGCCUCGCGGAGGAACUCUGGACCGGCGAUGGGAUCCUCGCGCAGAUCGGGAUCGCGUGCCCGAACCCGAUCGCGACGUCGAUCCUUACCCUCGGCCUCGUCGGCGGGACCGUCGCCGGCGCCGCGAAGACGCUCAAGUCCGCGCAGGACGGCACGAUGACGAUGCGCACGUUCAAGCGGUGGUGCGACCUCCUCGGCGCGGACCAGGACGAGGCCGCGAGGGCGCUGUCGGUGGACAUCAAAAAGAUGGAGCGAAACGGAUUCCUCGCGCCCGACGACCUCGCCGCGAUCGCGGAGGCGCGGAGGAGCAACCCCGCGGACGCGGUCCUCUCCAUGGACGGCAAGGCGGAGGCGAUGGCCGCGGCCGCGGCGAUGAAGAUCGCCGCCGCCGAAGCGGGCGAGGCGGCUGAGGCGUCCAUGAUGGAGCGCGACCUCGCGGUGGGCAUGCCGCCUAUGGAAAUAGGCGCCGGCGUCGACGCGGAGAUGCGAUACGCGCUCGACGUAGAGAUGAACAACGGACGAUGGGCGAUGCUCGGGUUCGCGCUCGCGGUGUUCUUGGAGGCGAGCACGGGGAACGGGAUCAUGGGUCAGUUGAUCGGGUACGCGAAGGCUCUCGGCGUGCUCGGGCCGGACUCGGGGUUCUGA